AUGUCCGAAGAAGGACCAAACCAGCCAGCAGCAUUGUUAUCGCCCUCGCAAGAGAGUUCUUUCAAAGUGAUGGAUUUUAAUGGUGGUGCCGAACAAACCAUUCAUCAUGAUGAUACAGUACCCAAUUCCGCUUCUUUUCCUGAAGAAAUCCAUCAAAAUAACACUGCCGAAGCAACAAUCAAUGAAGAACUCAUUCCAUCAACCCAUAACACAACAAUUCCUUCUGUGGAUGAUGAAGCAGAACUACAUGCCACAAUUCAUUCAGAAGAAAACGAAGAAAACUCAACAACUCCUGAAACAGAAUCUAUACAUCAUCAACAGGACGAAAGUUUAGAACCAUCAAUAAAUAUCCAGGAACAACAACAAACACCAACAACAACGGAAGAGGAAUCACAACAAACACAGGAGACGACACCAACUCUUCUUCACAAUCACGAACAAGAAGAACAUCAACUGCUGAAACAAGAGCCACAAACAGGCAACACUGAACCAUCCCAAACAAUAACAGGUGUCUCGGAAGAGCAAACAAAUAUCGUUGAAGAAACUUUUAAAAACAACGAUCAAGAAAAUACUAUUAUAACCGCAACAGCAUCCAUCAAGAAUGAUGAUGAUAAUUCCAAUGUCCAUCAAGAAAUUAUUUCUCAUGUGCACGAUCAAAAUAAUUUAUUUAACAGCAACGAUACAUUAUCUCCGAGUGAAAUUCAACAUGGCACUGCAACUAAUCCUCAACAAGAUUUUCAAACAGACACCCCUUCCUACUUGGAGUCGCAACACAACACAUCCUCAAAGAAUGAUAAAUUUGAGACAAGCUUUGUUUCCGCAUUGGAAUCGAAAAGUGAUCAUUCUAACCAAGAAACAGCACAAGAAAAUUUUGAGGCUGAUUUCGAAGAUUCUGAUUUUGACAAAUCUGUCACAACACAACCACCAACAGCCCAACAACAAGAGGAGCCAAUCAAAAACCAAUUCGAAGCAGAGUUUGACGAUUCAUUCGGAAACUCUUCCACACAACAAGGAGAAUUCUCGCAAAAUCAAAGUUCCAACCCUCAGGAUUUUAAUGACAAUUUUGAAGCUAGUUUUGAUUCAUCUUCGUCGUCUGAACCAACCAAUCAACCAAAAUCAUCGAAAAUCGACGAAUUCGAUGCAAAUUUCGAUGUAGAUCCUGUAGCCGAAAAUUCACAAGCGAAUGAAUUUGAAAAUAGCUCAUUUGACAGUGCACCAAAUACAACAACAACAAAUAGUUUGACAUCUUCCGAAGAGAACAACCAAAAUCAAUCUACAAAUGAUGAAGAUUUUGGAGAUUUUAAUGAGCCAAUAGUUACAGAAAAAACAAAUGACGAAGAUGACUUUGGAGAUUUUAAAGAACCUGAAAAUACUGAACCUCAACAAAGUGGUGAUGAUGACGGGUUUGGAGAUUUUGAAGAGCCAAAGGAAGAACAAACUCAAUCAUCUGAAUCCCAACAGGUCACUACUACAACACUGGAUUCGACAAAAACUGUUGAAGACUCUUUUGAAAUAGAUGUUAAUACUCAAAAAUAUGUGAUCGAUUCAAUCCUUUCACUGAACAAGAAAACCACUGAAGAGGCCACCAAGCUUAAAACUUCCAUUCAUAAUAUGCUUAAUGGUCUUGUGCCUCCAGAGCUUCGUGUGCCUACCUACAGUAACGAUAAUGAUACAAGUUCAUUCUCUUCUGAAAAUCUUUCAAACAAUACUCUUGAAAAAUUGUUUAACAUGAACUCGAAUCAUAAUGCUGAUAUUUUAAGCAAAAUGGCUGUUUGGCAAAAUAGCUGCAUAGAAAAACAUUUCUUACUUGCGUUAGGAUUAGAAAAAAAGAAGAACAAGAAACAACACAAACCAUUACGAAAAGUUGUUCAUAGAAGAACAGCCUCUCAUACGGUCUCAUCUCCAAUAACUAGUGAAACAAUUCAACAAGGAGAAACAUCGGAGACAGUCGAUCAACGUAUGAAAAUUGAUGACAUUGGAACAAUUUCUCAAAGAAUGAUUGGAGGUGCAAGACAUCGAAGAAUGAACUCAACAGUCACAGAUUUACAUUUGUCUCCAAGGCUACCUUUGAACACACAAUCACCAAGAUCAGUGUCUCCAGUUCCAUGCAGUAGUUCCAUGUCUCCAACAACAACGACUAAUCAACAACACUUUGAUGAGCUAAUUUCAUCUUACACUCCAACCAAAACCAAGAGUGCUGAGCUUGACGAUAUUGCAGCUCUUGUUUUUGGUUCCGAUUUCACUUCCCCAAAACCGCAAUCCAACACUGUUGCUGCAAAGAAGGAAACAUCUUCGUCAAUAACCCCAACACCUAUCAAAAACAAGACAAGUACUGUUCCCAAUGUACAACCACCUGUAACUAUAACCACAACAAGUGCGUCACCAGUGUUGGAGAAGAUGUCAACUCCUGUUAAACCCACUUCCUUCUCUUCUUCACAACAAUCUUCCAAAUGUUUUGAGGAUGAUCGUUGGGGAAAUGACAAUGAUUCAUGGGAUAAUGCACCUUCUACUCGACCAAGUAGUAUCACUACUCUUUCUUCAUCAUCAGUGGCCAUCCAAUCAGCCACAACUGUACCAAAGCAAGAAAGUCCAAUAUUCCAAAAAUCAACACAGGAAACAAGCGAAAAGUUUGAGGCCAAAUUUGACGAUGAUGAUUUUGGUAGUAGUGGCAGUGUUAGCAACGAUCUACCAGCAGUAGCCACCACUAAUUCAUCACUCUCAGUAACAACCUCUCAAACUGGUGGCCUCGUACAAAACAAAUUUGAGGAUGAUGGAUUUGGAGAUUUCCCAACAUCUAAUAAGGAAGAAGAUGCAUUUGCACCUCAACAAAAGAUCUCUACAGUAGUGACAACAAAGUCUACUAAUUCAACAAGUGACGACGAUGGAUUUGGAGAUUUCCCAGAACCAAAAGAUACAGUUCCAAACUUUGCAGAUGAUGGUUGGGGAAAUGACAAUAGUGGAUGGAGUUCAAGCGAUGCUUUUAUCCCUUCAACAACAACAAGUGCCUCCUCAACUCAACACAUCUCUGUUCCCCCCAGCAGCUCUCCUCAAACAACGACAAUUCAAGCUGUGGCAAGUCAAUCUCGAUCAUUGAAGAAUGAGGAAGCUCACAGCUUUGAUGAUGACUUUGGUGAAUUUCCUGAGCCCAAAGAUGAUGAGAAACCAACAGCUCCACAACAGCAGGAUUCUGAAGUUUUUUCAACACCACCAAAAGAAUCAAGCUUUGGAAAUUCUUCACCAUUGUUCCAGCCUUCCUCUAUCAACGCAGUUCAGAAGCCUUCACAGGAUACUUUUUCUGGAGCAUCUAAUGACGACUUUGGAGAAUUCCCACAACCAAAAGAUGAAACUCGACACACCACAACGGCCACCGAUGACGACUUUGGCGAAUUUCCAGAACCAAAGGAAGAGCCUGUUCCACAAUUUGCAAGUGAUAACUCAUGGAGUGACAAUACUUUCACAUCGGCACCUAUUUCUCAAGCCAGUGCUAAUUCUAUUGAUCAAUUUUUACAACUUUCCUCUCAACAGUCAACAUCGUCACCAGUUGCAUCAUUUGUGGAGACAUCGACCACAAUUAAUACCACCUCCUCAACAGUUCCUUCAUCCAAUUUCAAUGAUGAUCCGUUUGAUUUUAAACCUUCUGUGAAAACUGUUGAGGCUCCUCCUACUACCAGUGCACAACAGGCUGCUACUAGCCCAACCUGGCCACAAUCGGCAGGAAGUCCUUCUACAUUCUCCACCAAUGCUGACAGUUGGAUGAUGCCUUCUACUUCUCAAUCUGUUUCAACCCAAUCUCCAAUUUUUGCAGCACAGAAUCCAAAAAUUAAUGAAUCCUCAUCUUGGAUGGAUACUGGAGCUAGCUCUUCUUUGAACAACGCGAUCUUUGGCAAUGAUGAUGAUUUUGGAGAUUUCCCAGAACCUAAAGAUGAAGAAACAGUUCACAGUUCUGCCCACACAAAUAUUGUUUCCCAAAGUAAUAUGAGCCUUGAUUUCACACAGAACAAUAAUACUGUUUCAUCUUUCCCAACCAUCAUUACUUCUCAAAAACCAACAUCUACAUUUUCGAAUAACAGUCCAACUCCUCUUGGUUUUUCGAGUGUUACAAAUAUGAGCGAUUUCCCCAAACGAAACACACCUACUUUCACUCCUACAAAGCCAGCCAUUAAUAAUGACCUCUUUGAUUUUGGCAGUCAAGCUCCAUUAACCAUGAAUCCUCUUUCAAUGAUGACGUCAACAACUGGCACAUUACAAGGUGUCAACAACAAUACAAAGACGGAUGACGAAUUUGGUGAUUUUCCGGAAGCGAAAGAAUAUCCAACUACACAUAAGGACAACAACAAUGAUGAUGAUGGAUUUGGAGACUUCCAAGAACCACUCGAUGAACAGCAGCAACAGCAGAACAAUAAUAAUACUUUUGGUAUGGCUUGGGGUGGAUCUAACAAAUUACCAACCAAUAUUCCGUCACAACCUUCCCUCAAUAGUCCCCAAGCGGCAUUUAAUGAUUUGGACAGCUGGUUGAGCACUGGAACCACCGGUGGUAACCCUGCUUCCAACAAUAACAAUACCGAUGACUGGAUGUUCUCUCAUACCUCCAAUUCCACUUCGUCAACAACCACUCAGCAACAGCCAGCAUCGAGCACCAACAAGGAUUUAUUUGAAUUUUUCUAG